AUGGUUUGGAGGCCAAAAUCAUUGACAAAGAAGGCACAGGUCUCACAUGAGGAGAAAGAGAAAGUCAUGGCUUGUGCCGUGGCUAAGUACCAAGCUGAACUUGCAAAACUGAGCUUGGAGAAGAAACAAGGCCUUCAUAAAGUGUGUAUGGAUGUUCAGAAGGCAUACCUCAAAGAAAUGGGACAAUUAAUCAGUUUAAAUCAUAAUACUCUGGCAAAUCUCACCAAGGGAGGAGUUCAGCUUAGUGAACUCAAUAGCUCCAUGAAAAGCUGGCUCACACCCACAGAAACAGACAAAGUUCUUGAAUACAUUGUCAAAAUGGCUAGAUGUGGCUUUCUGCUUAGCCACAAGUGUCUCAAGGAACAUGUUGAUGAAAUCUGCUGA